UGACAUUAAUGAUUGACGUUUUUACUAUAAUACUGUAUUCCUUUUCAUUCCAGCAUUUUCUUGAAAAUUUAAAUUAAAUAUAAAAUAAAUAAUGGCCACCCCAGUGAAGAAACCAGACUCUCUAUCAAAAAUGUUUAACGAAAGGAUUGUUAGUACUCGUUCUGAUCGAGUGAUACGAAAAAAGGCGAUAAAACUAGGAGACUACACCUUGGUUCCUUACGAAGACUCUCGCUGCAAGAUUACUCUAAGUGAUGUUCAGUGUUCCAACGCAGCAGGACCUUGUGAGAUUGACCCAGUCAGUCGCAUAUUUAGUCAAUCCUUUGAUGGGAACGUGUUGAUUGGCGACUCGGAUUCCUACAUAGACAAGGAUUUCGAGUUGAUAUUGCAGCAGAUGUGCUGCGGAGAGGUCUGUGAGGCCAGUAUAGCUUACAAGAACGGAGAUGGAACGGUGAUGAAGGAGAUACGAUGCAAGAUAGAACUGAGGGAAGUGACUGAGGAGCAGUUGAUCAGUGAUUGGAGCUGGGAGAGGCUGUACGAAGCUUCUGUACAUCACAAGGAGCGGGGAGUAGAUCUGAUUAAGCAAGGCAGGACUGCAGACGCCUUCCGAAGAUUCAACAAGGCUCUGAAGAUGUUGAUUGCUAUAGAACCCGUGGACCCCAAGGUCGUCAGCGAGCAGGUGGUGAAAGAUAUGAUAGAACUGAAGGUAAAGCUGUACAACAACUUGGCGCACUGCCAGCUUCAGUAUGACGAGUAUGAAGCCGCCAUAGAACUCUGUGAGAAAGCUCUCAAAUUCGACCCGGUCAAUGUGAAGGCACUUUACAGGAAGUGCACGGCUCACUCCGGCCUCCACAUGUACGAGGAAGCCUGGAAGGACAUACAAGAAGCCCUACGGAUAGAACCCAAUGACAAAGCAGCUCAGCUAAAGGCAAACUCCUUAAUACCCAAAAUUGAGAAGAUAAACAAAGAUUACACAACGGUUAUCAAGAAGAUGUUUGGUUAAACGGUUAAAUAGCUGUUGUUACUUGUUGUUAGUGGCCAUUGUUUGACUGCGGAGGUGGACAUCUUGAGGACCGGACUGUAUCCGGUGGCCUGUUGUUGUAGGAGCUCAUUGCUCCACUCUGUGUGUUGUUGUAUGGACGUUAGUACAUCGACCAACUCCAAUCUGUCAAAGUUUUCCAAUAGAUUUUCGACCUUAUGCAAAAAGAAUAAGAAUAAAGGUAGUGUUUGGGGACCAGGUGUAAUGUUUCUUUAUUUUGGAAGAAGGAGCAUCACCCCACUGGGGUGAUGUCCCAGGAUACAUGUUCAUGCCUGGCGAGCUCUUAUCCAACGAUUGUACGCCCCAAUAUACACCGAAUUAAAACGUAUGCUAUUCCGAAACCUUGCUUAUGCGAUGUUAUUUCCUAUGCUGGGUCUAGUAAUGAAAACCUUAAUAUCUUUAAAGAAAUAUGACAGAUUGGAACAAGUUCUGCUGGCGUCUGUGAGUCUUAAAUGAGCUUCUUUUGUGUUUCACCAACUCGCUGGCACCUCUAGCUGUUGUUUAACUGGAUUUACUAGUCAUGCCGCUAAUAAAAUUAUUUAUGUUAGGCUCAUAACUACUGCACCAUGUCUAAUUCUUUCAAAAAUUAUAGUGGUCUAAGGGUAACUCCUACCGAAGUAACUAAGUUAAAACUAGAGCGUCACUGGGGAGGAGAAAAAAGACAACUAGCUCAAAUUGUAAGUAAUUACAGGGGAGGGAGGGGAGAUCUGAACAAAUAAUUUCUAGCACACAGCCCUCAGGAGAGUCAUAUCAAAUUUUGAUAGUAAGAUUAUUGAAUUCGGACCAGAUAAAUACACUUGGAGCAAAAUUCACAUCAGACUACAGCAGCUGCGGCUCCAACCACAUGUUUGUGGAGGUAUCUAGUGCCUAAUUAAAGAUGCGCAGGAAAUUGUAUUGGUGGGCCCUCUCAUCUUAGUUUUUAACUCAAUUAUUCUAAGGCAGAACUCGAUUUUUUUAAUCUUCAGAGCAAAUUAUUUUCAUAUCGGAUCGCACAUUUUAAAGUAAUAUCUUUUAUGUCAAUUCGUAUAGUUUUUUUCUUAUUUUAGCUACAAAAAGACAAUAUUGAGAGUAUUAUAAUAUAAUAUUGAUAGAUAGAGGACCAUCCCAAUUGCUAUCCUUGGUAGAUAAUCUGGCACUAUGUGGAGUUUAAUAUGAAGCCGACUACUAGCUACUAGUGUAUUCGACGUGAACGGUGGAACAGGGAAGUUAGGUAAGUGUUUGUAGCACAAAUAAUAAAACUAUCGAUGUAUAUAGGGAGUCGGAAGGUUUUGUACGGCGACUGGCGGCGACGUGUGGCCAAAUAUAAUGACUCUGAAUCUGUUUGACACGACUGUUGUUGUCCUUUGUAAAUCGUAUUGUUGCUUGUUGAACUCGUCUCUUUAAAUGCAAAUGUUUAACUGGUAUUAUAAAGCAGUUGCUGGAUUUGACAAAAUCUAUGGUUAGCCAUAUAAAUUAUUUUCAAUUACAAAAAAUACUAAGUCGGUACUGGUAACUAUUAGGUCGAUUACUAUUGGGGUUGCCUCCUAAUCACGGCUACCUGACUCGUAACUAUAUCCAGCGAUAAUUGCGUGUUACACUUAUAUAUGAGCAGCUAAUAAACCUCUAUUUGUUAAUAAAGAACAGCAAUACUCAAGUGUUGAACAAAAUCAGGGUCAUAUCGUAGAAUAGUUGUACUAGACUAAUAUUUCCUAUGUCUCGGGCUUAGGGACCGUUCCUGCAUCCUUCUAGCAAGUUCCAGACAAGAUGCAUUUAUAUUCUACUGUGAUUCUCUUACUUACGUGUCUAUUUUUGAGAUAAUCAACUUUAAUUGUAAGACUUCAAAAUCUAUAUGUAAUUAUGUACUUAAAUGUCUGUUGUAUAUAGAACAGUGAAAUAUAUUCUGUAUAUGUAGCAAUAAA